AUGUUAAGUCACAACGAAUGUUUUAAAGAAGUUAAAUGGAAAAAUGUGCUUCUUUUAUAUGGUGUAAUUUCAAAAACUUUGAAAGAUAUCAAAUUACUUCAACCAAAUGUCGAAAAUGAACAGGAUGAAGAGACUUCAACAAUUUCAGCUGCUUUAGAACAAUCUUUUAACCAAAAUAGACAAAAUAAUAAAGAAACUCAAAAAACUACCAAUGAUUUUACCUAUCUUAAUGCUUUAUUGCCUUGA